GAAAAUUCACAUUUGCACUAUUUAAUUUGGAUAGAACUUGUUCCCCUACUUAUUGCCCCAAUUUCUUAUUAAUCCUCUUCCUUUUUUCUUGCACAAGUCCUCUUCUAAGUGUGUAUGUUGACAUGCCUGUGGCAUGUAAGGAAUACUAUAACCCAAACCAAUCCAUGCUGGAGUUGGUUUUUGCCCCUGCAGAAGAAUGGAUUUCAAGAAGCGGCCCCGAAAUUAUUGAUGCUACGAUGAAGGAACUUGCUAAACUUUUUCCGGAAGAAAUCUCAGCAGAUCAGAGCAAAGCAAAAAUCUUUAAGUAUGACGUUGUUAAGACACCAAGAGGGAAAUUGCUUCACAAAACUGCACACAAGAUAUUGGAGUUGAAUGGGAGGUUAGAUGUUAUUGCAAAUGAGAGAGAAAAGUAUGGUCUUAAGGAAUUAAGUGUUGAAAACCCAAUUAGACAAGAGCAAACUACUUCUCUUGUAAAUUUAGCAGAAGUGUGUGGUAGAGUUAUGGAUAAGAAGAGGAUUGUAGAUAUGUUAUUGAAUGAGGGUAGAAUUGACGUGAUCUCUAUAGUAGGUGUUGGGGGGAUUGGUAAAACUACUCUUUCCAAAGUAGCCUUCAAUAAUGAGAAAGUAGAAUCUCAUUUUGAGAAGAGGAUAUGGGUGUGUGUCUCUGAUCCUUUUGAUGUGAUGAGGAUUGCCAAAGCAAUUCUUACAUCUCUUGGUGAGGAGGAUGCUGUGCAAAAUUUGGUUGAAUUGGAGGAUGUAUUAAAACUCCUUAGAGACUCAGUCAAGGAUAAGAAAUUCCUACUUGUCCUAGAUGAUGUGUGGACUGAACACUAUGAAAGGUGGGGUUUAUUGAGAGACUCGUUGAGUUCUGGCUCACUAGGAAGCAAAAUCUUAGUGACCACACGUAAGGAGACUGUAGCAAGAACAAUGGGUUGCACUACCUUGUUCCCAGUGGAGCAGUUGUCUGAAGAAGAAAGUUGGUUAUUGUUUUGUCAAAUAGCAUUUUUGGGGAGAUCCAAUGAAGAUCAUGAAAAUUUGAGAGAAAUUGGUAGGAAAAUAGCAGGAAAAUGCAAGGGCUUACCACUUGCUCUAAAGACAAUGGGUGGUCUCAUGCUCUUGAAAAAAACCAGAAAAGAAUGGCAGAGUGUCUUAGACAGUGAAAUAUGGGAACUUGAAGUGGCUGAGGAAGGUCUUUUUCGCCCCUUAAUGUUUAGCUAUUUUGAUUUACCAUCACACUUGAGGCAAUGUUUCUCAUAUUGUGCAGUCUUUCCAAAAGAUUAUGUGAUAGAAAAAAGUAAGUUAAUUGAGUUAUGGAUGGCACUAGGUUUCCUUAAGGGGACCAGACAUCGAGAUAUGGAGGUUGUAGGGGAAGACUACUUCAAUGACUUGUCAAUGCGUUCUUUUUUUCAAGAUUUUGUAAAGGAUGAAAAUGGUGACAUUAUCAGUUGCAAAAUGCAUGACAUAGUGCAUGAUUUUGCUCAGUUUUUGACAAGAGGUGAGUGUUUGUCAAUGGACGCAGGAAGCAGUGAUAGCAUUGAAGGUUUUAAUGGAAGUGCUCGUCAUGUGAUGUUGAUGAUUCCAUAUGAUCGUGAUGAAUGUCUUUCUCGUAUAUAUGAAGCUGAAAACUUGCACACUUUGCUAGUUGAUUCUGCUUUAGUUGGCGAGUAUAAUGGAGAUUUAUUGAAAUUGUUUGAUAAGCUUAAAUGUCUGAGAAUAUUGAAAUGCCAUUCUAGAAGAAUUAAUAAAUGUCCAAAACAGAUAGGGAAUUUGAUACAUUUAAGGUCUCUUGACUUGUCAAAUAAUGGGCUUCUAAAGGAAUUGCCUGAUGCAGUUUGUGAUUUAUAUAAUUUGCUUAUACUAGACAUUAGUGGAUGUGCCCGGCUUAGAAGUCUGCCUUGUAGAAUGGGGAAUCUGAUAAAUUUGUGGCAUCUUCGGAAUGGGGAUACAGAUUGUGUGGAAUUCAUGCCUAAAGGAAUGGAGAAAUUGACUUGUUUGCGAACAUUAAGUGAGUUCGUGGUGGACAGUGGUGGUAAAGGAGCUGCUCUUAGUGAAUUGGGAAACUUGAUUCACCUUCGAGGGGAUCUUGUGAUAAGAGGAUUGAGAAAUGUCAGAGAUGAGAGAGAGGCUGAGAAGGCACAGUUACGAAAUAAGAAAGGGCUCACUACUUUGACUCUAACUAUUGGUUUGACUUACAAUGAUAAAAGUGGAGGUUCUGAAGUAUCUGGUCUUGUUCUUGAAGCCUUAGAACCGCCUUUAGGCUUGGAAAGGUUAGAAAUAUGUAGCUACAAUUGCCCAACCCCAUCCUUAGGGGUUUGGCCCAGUUGGAUAGUGUCUCUAACCAAGCUGAAGUUCUUUGGGCUCUAUAAUUGUGUCAACGUUGAACAGUUGCCUCCUUUGGGGAAAUUGCCAUCACUAGAAUCGCUUCGUCUGUGGCAAAUUGGAGGAGUGAAAAAGGUGGGAGUUGAAUUCUUGGGAAUAGAAACGCCUUGGAGGAAGCCAUUUCCGGUCCCAGCUUUUCAUGCCCACUUCUCAACCUCAACCACGGCGGAGGAAGGAGACCUCUAUUCUAAUUUGUUAAGUAAAUGCGCCAAAGCCUCAAACUUGCGCCAUGGAACAGCUAUUCAUGCUAAGUUUAUUAAAGGGUCGGUUUCAACUUCCCUUUAUCUCCACAAUCACAUACUAAAUAUGUAUGUCAAAUGCGGGGACCUUGUCGACGCUCACCAACUGUUCGAUGAAAUGCCCCACAGGAAUGUUGUCACUUGGUCUGCCAUCAUAGCUGGUUUCGUCCAACAGGGAUUUCAUAAUGAAGCCCUCGCUUUGUUCUGCAGUAUGUUUCGUGAUGGAAUGGUGAAACCCAACGAGUUCACGUUGGUCAGUGCGCUUCAUGCAUGCUCGUUGCAUCAGGAUUUGGCUCUCAGCUAUCAACUUUAUGGGCUCCUUGUUCGCUUAGGAUUUGAAUCGAAUAUAUUCUUGAUAAAUGCGUUUUUAACAGCCUUGAUAAGGCAUGGUAAAUUGUUGGAGGCUUUAGAGGUUUUCGAGAAGAGCUCCAACAAGGACAUUGUGUCUUGGAAUGCUGUGAUUGCUGGCUGUUUGCAGCAUUCUUACUUCAAUGUCCCAGGGUUUUGGCUUCGCUUGAAUUAUGAAGGAGUGAAGCCUGAUGGCUUCACGUUUGUUACUGUUCUUACUGGCUUGGCUUCUCUUUCUGAUCUCAACUUGGGUUUGCAAGUGCAUGCACAACUGAUUAAAUCUGGCCAUGGGAUGAGAAUUGCGUUGGGAAUUCUUUGUUAUCACUACCUCCCACUUCCACCACCACCACCACCACCACCACCACCACCACCGGCCACCGCACUCACCUCUUUCAAAAUUAACUUCCUCCAUUCUCUGUUUGCCGAUCUCACGACUGGGUUUCAAGAAAUGAGUCUGUGCGGCGGGAGUGUUUCUGCGGCAAACUUCACCUGCCAAACCAACUCAAUUCCCAAGCCCGUUGGACAACACAGUUUGAAAUUUUCAUUUUUACAAGCAAGCAGAAGCAAGAAUAGGAGGAACGUCGCCCGUGGUCCUUUGCAGGUAGUAUGUAUGGUUUACCCAAGACCAGAGCUUGACAACACUGUUAAUUUCUUGGAAGCUGCUUCUCUAUCUUCAUCUUUCCGUACUUACCCUCGACCGGCAAAGCCACUCAAAGUUGUAAUUGCUGGGGCAGUUUUAAAAUUAUUAAUUUCAGGUUUAGCUGGUUUGUCCACUGCAAAAUAUUUGGUAGAUGCAGGUCACAAGCCUCUGUUGCUGGAAGCAAGAGAUGUUGUAGGUGGAAAGGUGGCUGCAUGGAAAGAUGAGGAUGGAGAUUGGUAUGACACAGGACUACAUAUAUUCUUUGGUGCUUUCCCAAAUAUUCAGAACCUGUUUGGAGAACUUGGCAUCAAUGAUUGCCUGCAGUGGAAAGAGCAUUCUAUGAUAUUUGCAAUGCCAAAUAAACUAGGAGAGUUUAGCCGGUUUGAUUACCCAGAAGUUCUACCUGCACCUUUCAAUGGAAUAUGGGUCAUAUUGAAGAAUAAUGAAAUGCUGACUUGGCCAGAGGAAGUGAAAUUUGCAGUUGGGCUCCUGCCAGCAAUGAUUGGUGGGCAGGCUUAUGUUGAGGCUCAAGAUGGUUUAAGUGUAACACAGUGGAUGAGGAAUCAGGGCAUACCUGAUCGAGUGACCGAUGAGGUGUUUAUUGCCAUGUCAAAGGCCCUAAACUUCAUUAACCCAGAUGAACUUUCAAUGCAGUGUAUAUUGAUUGCUUUGAACAGAUUUCUUCAGGAGAAGCAUGGCUCAAAGAUGGCCUUCUUAGAUGGCAAUCCACCAGAGAGGCUCUUCAUGUUUAUUCUUAAUGAUGAUGGGACUGUAAAGAGCUUUGUACUAAAUGGUGGUGAUGUGAUCAAAGGAGAUGCUUAUGUGUUUGCUACUCCAGUUGACAUCCUGAAGCUUCUUUUGCCCGAAAGUUGGGGAGAGAUUCCAUACUUCAAGAGAUUGGAGAAAUUAAUUGGAGUCCCAGUCAUUAAUGUUCACAUAUGGUUUGACAGAAAACUGAAGAACACAUAUGAUCAUUCACUCUUCAGUAGAAGUCCUCUUCUAAGUGUGUAUGCUGACAUGUCUGUGACAUGUAAGGAAUACUAUAACCAAAACCAAUCCAUGUUGGAGUUGGUUUUUGCCCCUGCGGAAGAACGGAUUUCAAGAAGCUAGUGACUCCGAAAUUAUUGAUGCUACAAUGAAGGAACUUGCUAAACUUUUUCCAGAUGAAAUCUCUGCAGAUCAAAGCAAAGCAAAAAUCUUAAAAGUAUCACGUUGUUAAGACACCAAGGUUAGACUCAAAACUAAAAUGUUAGUUAUUCAGAAUAUCUUAAAUGCAUUUAAUUAAAUUAUAAUCGCUGCUGGAUGGUUAGAGUUUUUUGCCUAUGUACUCAUGGUAGUUCAUAAACAUUGUAAUUGUCACAAUAACUCGUUAUUUUCUAUUUGUAGAUGUGCAUUUGUAUAAAUAUUAUUAAUGAACCUAAUUGGACAGCACCAAGCCUUAACUUUUGUUAUAUUUCUAUUUUACUUACUUGACAUAACUCCUAAAUUUUGUUAGGUCUGUAUACAAAACCACCCCAAAUUGUGAACCAUGCCGUCCUUUGCAAAGAUCUCCUGUAGAGGGGUUCUAUCUAGCAGGUGACUACACAAAGCAAGAGUAUUUGGCCUCAAUGGAAGGUGCUGUUCUUUUACGGAAGCUUUGUGCACAGUCCAUUGUACAGUCAAGGCGUCAUUGACUUGUUGCUGAUAUACUGAGAUGUGCAAAAAUUGCAAAUUGCUUGUUUCUUCGGGGGAAAGGAAGUUGGCAGCAGCAACUCUCUGAUUACAUAAUUGGUAUUAGAUUUUGCGAGGCACUGAGAAUCAUCUAGAGAUUGGUUGCUACUCAAAAACAAAGUGGUAUAGUAUUU